AUGUGGAUUAACAAUAGUAUCAAUCCAAACAAAAUUAUUUCUGCUAAUUUCUUUGAUUCAGCAUCCAUCUUCGUUGCAAAUAAUGGUGAUAUUUAUUAUGACAAUGGUGAAAGGAAUGGUCGAGUCGAUAAAUGGAUAUUAAAUACAAAUACUUUUGUUAAUGUUAUGAAUAUUGAUGCACCAUGUUAUGGUCUCUUUAUCGAUACUAAUGAUACUCUAUAUUGUUCAAUGUAUUCUCAACAUCAAGUUAUCAAAAGAUGGUUAAAUGAUAGUGAAAUGAUAUCAAUAACUGCAGCUGGAUCGGGCACUCAAGGAUCUGCUGCAAAUGAACUUUGGAAUCCUUUGGGAAUCUUUGUUGACAUAAACUUUGAUUUAUAUGUGGCAGAUUGUUUCAAUGAUCGAAUUCAACUAUUUGAAUUCGGAGAAUUAAAUGGAACAACAAUAGUUGGACAAGGAUCAUCAAAUAAUAUUAUUUCACUUUUAUGUCCAUCUGGAAUUGUAUUAGAUGCUGAUAAAUAUCUUUUUAUUGUCGAUCGAAAUAAUCAUCGUAUAAUUAGAUCACGAUCAAAUGAUAUUCGAUGUAUAAUUGGAUGUGGUAGAGAAGGACCACAAUCCUAUCAAUUAUCGAAUCCAAUAACUCUUAGUUUCGAUAGUUAUGGAAACAUAUUUAUUACUGAUGCACUUAAUAAUCGCAUUCAAAAAUUUGAUUUCAUAUUAAAUUCUUGUGAUAACUCAUCCAUAGUUCAAUCAAUUUAUUCAUCCGUAUUAACAGAAAAACAUUCGACAUAUUCUCGCACUGGUUGUGAUCUUUCGAAGUAUUAUUAUGAAGUCAUACAAGUGAGUGUCCAUGAAAGUCGCUCUUAUAGUCUCAGUAGCAAUAGUAGUGUCGAUAUAUAUGGCUACAUGUAUACCGAGAGUUUUUAUCCAUCCGAUCCAUUUACAAAUUUAAUUAUGCAAGAUGAUAACAGUUGCGGUAAACAUCAGUUUAAUAUGAGAACUUUACUAUGGUCUACCACUGCGAAUAUACUGGUUGUAACAACGUGUAGUCCAAAUGUAACAGGAAAAUUCUCAAUUAUUGUAUCUGGCAUCAAUAAUGUCACUUUUGAACGUCUAAUUGAAAAUCACGAUGAAUGUGUUAUUGGUGGUUCAUGUAAUGUUCAAAUUAAAGGUAUUGGUAUAACUCUUGAUGAUAUUUUACGUUACGAAAUCAAACGAAAUAUGACAUUAAAGAAUCAACCAUUAUUAGUGAAAAUGAGUGUUGUUUUAGCAAAUGUUAUGUUUCUUAUGGGUCUAAUCAAUGGUAUUUUAUCACUUUUAACAUUUCAAAAUGCAAAUUUACGAAAAGUUGGAUGUGGAAUAUAUCUUUUAGCAUCUUCAAUAACUUCUCUUUUGACAAUUUUUAUGUUUACAAUCAAAUUCUGGUUUGUUCUUCUGAUUCAAAUGAAUUCAUCCAUUAAUAUAUCUAUUCGCCGAGGUGGAUGUAUUUCUAUCGAACCUCUUCUCAAACUUUUUCUUUAUUUUGAUACAUGGCUUAAUGCUUGCGUUGCUAUUGAACGAGCAAUUCAUGUUUAUCAAGGUAUUCAUUUUAAUAAAGAAAAGAGUAAACGUCUUGCUCGAUGGAUUAUAUUUAUCUUACCAUUUUGUAUCACAGCUACGAUCAUUCACGAACCUUUACAUCGCGAUAUCUUCGAACAUCAAGUAAAAGAUGACCUGGAUAAAACAAAGAUAAUAGAGAGAAAUAGUUGGUGUGCAAUUCAGUAUUCUCGUGCUGUUCAAGAUUAUAAUACAGCCAUUCUUUUCGUUCAUUUAAUUGGUCCAUUUAUUGCUAAUCUCUUUUCCGCCUUAUUCAUCAUUUUUGGAACGGCCCGACAACGAUCAUUAGCUCAAACGAGUCAAAAUUACAUUGCACAUAUUCGUGCACAAUUGGGUGAACAUAAACAACUAGUGAUUAGUCCAGCAAUUUUACUUAUUUUAUCAAUACCACGUUUGAUCAUUUCAUUAUUAUCUGGAUGUGUGAAGGUAUCUGAUAAACCUUGGUUAUAUCUUUGUGCUUAUUUCAUUUCAUUUACUCCUGCGAUACUUGUCUUUAUUGUAUUUGUCAUUCCAUCAGAAUUGUACAGAAAGACACUAAAACAAUCAUUGAGUACUUGGCAACGACGAACUCGUCAUUGA